UUGUCCUGAACGUUCAAUUCAACUGAGCAAGAGGCUAGGCAUACGAUCAGGAGCUUUUCAAAGGGAUGUCUAGAAAAGGAACAGACUGUUUUAAUGAUGCUCCUAAUAAUUGCUGAAGCAAAAUUUGCUUAGGACUAAUAUGGGCUUUGGGCAAUUAAGAAUUUUAUGAUUGCCCCUGCUCUGAAUUAGGCCCUCUCCAUUCCCUCGUUAAAAUCCUGCACCAACACUUUUCUUCUCCCAAGCCAUUUUCAAUUUUCCGCUGCAACAAGAUAAAGUGAUAAACCUCCGUCCCAAACCCCCCUUCUCCCCCAGUUCAAAGUCCCCGCGCGCAGCCCCUUAUCUAAUUGCCGUUCAAGAAAUCAGUAGGGGAUGGAGGAAAAUGGCAGAAAAGGAGAAAAGAGGGAGAGGAGCAAUAGAGGAUCUGCCUAGUGUCCAGUAAUUCUAAGGAGUAUUUGAUGAGUACAGUUCCCUUUUGGAACAUUAUCAAGUCAUGCAUAUGAUGGAAUUGUUCAAUGUAAAGCUGGAUCUCCUUUCCUGAUCAUGUGGCUUGUUUUAAUCAGAUUGGCAGAGAGAGAUAAAACUGAACAAAUUUUCUGGCAUGCGGACGGAAAUGCUACGGUAAUGUUAGCAUUUUGUCUCCACCAGUUACUGUGACAAUGCUAAAGAAGUGACGGAUUUUUUACCUCUCCCAUACUUGAAACUGAAGAUCCUCCUUUGCACCUAUAAACUGUGAUAUCAUGAGUUCUAUCUUCUCACCGACCUCUCACCUCCGAGUUGCACCACUAUAUCAUAAAUUAGGAAGUAAUCUACAUCUACAGUCCCUCUGUUGUUGCUUUAAGCUGUGCCAUUUCCUUGGUGGUCGACAGUCUUCAGUUUUGUGUAAAUUCCCAACCAUUUCGCCUAAUCCCAAGCUCAAGUUUCAGUCGACUCUUGGGGGUACAAGUCCUGCAAAUGAAGGAACAGUUUCUGUGAUUAAUUUUGAAGAUUUAAUGGAGAAGGAUUGGUCAUUUCUUGAGCACGAUGAUAAAAAUUCUAAGGAACAGCACAACCAGAAGCAAGAUCAGAUCAUUUCUGCAGGGGAGGUUGGAGAAACUUCAAGGGUUCUAAUUUCAAUUGGUUCUGAAGAGUUUGUUGAUAAAGUUUUUAAUUCUUCACCUUGUGAGCAAUUGCUUGUUGUUCAUGACUCGUUGUUUAUAUUAGCAAGCAUCAAAGAAAAGUAUGACAAAGUGAAGUGUUGGCAAGGCGAAUUAAUUUAUUUACCAGAGAAGUGGGCACCUUUUGAUGUUGUGUUUUUAUAUUUCCUUCCUGCUUUGCCAUUUCAACUUGGCCAGAUUCUGGGAACACUUGCCAAGCAUUGUUUGCCAGGUGCAAGGGUUGUGAUAAGUCAUGUGCAAGGGAGGCAAAUGGUUCAAGAGCAGCAAAAACAAUAUCCUGAUGUAGUAGCCGCAGAGUUGCCAGACAAGACGACUUUGCAAGAUGUUGCUGCUGAUAAUACAUUUGAACUGGUGAAGUUUGUGGAUGAACCUGGAUUUUACCUUGCAGUCCUGAAAUUCCAGACAGAGAACCUUGUUAGAUAGUUUUUACAUGUGCUCAAUUCAAAAAGGUUUUGUAGUGUAUCAAUGGUUGUGCCUGAGUUCCUCGGUACUCUUUAUUGUUCAAAUAGUUAAAGAGUGACGGUUGUUUUUCUUCGCGUUUUUUUUGUGGUACGUUUUGGAUUUUGUAGUUUAUCGACAAUUUUAGACCUUGAAUUCGAUGACAAUUGGAGCUUCAUCAAUCAAUAACUUGGAUUGGACCUCAAACCAUUUUGUGC